CACACCUGUCUGCAUCUUCGCCAUUGCUGUCUCCUGCAGCCAUGUCCUACCCAGUGACCAGUCAGCCCCAGUGCGCUAGCAGCUGCUACCAGACCCAGCUCAGCGACUGGCACACGGGACUCACGGACUGCUGCAACGACAUGCCCGUCUGUCUGUGCGGCACUUUCGCCCCCCUGUGCCUCGCCUGCCGCAUCUCCGACGACUUCGGGGAGUGCUGUUGCGCGCCCUACCUGCCCGGAGGCCUGCACUCCCUGCGCACCGGCAUGCGGGAGCGCUAUCACAUCCAGGGCUCCGUCGGGCACGACUGGGCGGCCCUCACCUUUUGUUUGCCCUGCGCCCUCUGUCAGAUGGCGCGGGAAUUGAAGAUCCGGGAGUAAAGCAGCUCCCCGCGUCUCCUCCUUUUCCACCUGUCACACCCGGCCCCCUCGGCCCCCUCGGCCCCCUCUGCCCCCUCUGCCGCCUCGUGGGAGGGCCUGCCCCUCCGCGCUAUCCCGCUACCAGAAAUA